AUGGUCGAUAUCCCGCUCGACCAGCCUAUCGUCCCGCGCGACUCGACGCGGCUGAGGCGGAACAAGACGGAACGGGUCCGGCUGCAGGGACUGGUCCAUACCAUGCGAGAGACGAAGGAUGGAGACGGAGAGGAAGGUGGCAGGGUGAGAAAGACGCUGGGGAGAUUGGAGAGGGCUAGUGUUUGGAUGGUGAACGAGGGGCGUAGCAGCUUGUCUAUCCUGGCUUGGAUCAUCCUCCAUAUCAUCGCCUUCGCUCUAUCAUGCGUGCAGUAUGGUCUGAAAGAUAAUCUGAACGACGCGAGGCAGGCAUACGGCUUUUCAUUCGUCAUCGCUCGAGCAGCUGCUCAGGUCCUACACAUCGACGUGAUCUUCGUCCUCUUCCCAAUCUGCCGGACUUUCAUCUCCCUGCUCCGCAAGACGCCUUUGAACAGCAUGAUUCCAUUCGACAAGAACAUCGACUUCCAUAAGCAGAUCGGACGGGCGAUCGUCUUCUUCACGGUGGUUCAUAUCAUCGCGCACGUCCGGAAUACGAUCGUCAUGUCCAUGAUCAAGGGGACCGGUGUCAAGGGUUUCCUCUCGUACACCUUCCUCAGCGGUCCAGCCUGGACUGGGUGGAUUAUGACCAUCUCUCUUGGGAUCAUGGUUUGGUUCGCUAUGGAGAAGCGUAAGAGGGCGAAUUAUGAGCGAUUUUACUACUCCCACCAUGCUAGCCCACUGUUCAUCGUCUUCUUUCUCGGGUGGCAAUUGCACGGCAUGUUCUGCAUGAUCCAGCCCGACCGUCCGCCGUUCUGCUCCGCCAGUAUCAUCGGUGUCUUCUGGAAGUACUGGCUUCCCGGCGGUAUUGUCUUCAUCAUCGAGCGUAUCCUGCGCGAGAUUAGAGCCCAUCACGUCACCUACAUCUCCAAAGUCAUACAGCACCCCUCCCGAGUCCUCGAAAUCCAGAUCCGGAAAGAACGCACCACCCCCUCAGCCGGUCAAUACAUCUUCAUCAACUGCCCCUCGGUCUCUUACUUCCAAUAUCAUCCCUUCACGCUCACGAGUGCGCCGGAGGAGACGUACUUGUCGGUGCAUAUGCGGUGUGUGGGCGACUGGACGAACGCUUUUGCGAAGAGUGUGGGGGUGGAUUGGGACGCAAAGGACAUUGGAGAGAAGGAUGAAGGUGAAGGCGAAGGGGCGGUCGUCGCUCCUCCGGUUGGCAAGGUGCUGCCGAGGAUCAUGCUGGACGGGCCAUUCGGAUCAGCCAGCGAAGACUUUGCGAACUACGAGACUAUACUGCUUGUUGGUGGUGGCAUCGGCGUGACCCCCUUCGCAUCUAUCCUCAAGACCCUUUGGUACCGCAUGAACGACUUUGGUAAAAGCACCCAAACCCGGCUGAGCAAGGUAUACUUUGUCUGGGUCAUCCGAGACUUUGGGUUAGCGGAAUGGUUCCACUCACUCCUCAAGGCUGUCGAAGCGGAGGACAAGGAAGGGAGGAUUGAGAUUCACGUCUAUCUCACUGCCAAGAUUGACGACGACAAGAUGAACAAUAUCAUCGUCCAGGACGUAGGUGCCGAAGUUGACGCUAUUACCCAACUCCGCGCUCCGACCCAUUUCGGCCGGCCCAACUGGGACAAGGUUUUCCAAUCGAUCGCUGACAAACACGCCGAUACGGACUGUGGUGUCUUCUUCUGUGGGCCACCCGUACUAAGCAAAACGCUGCAUCAGAUGAGUAACAAGUAUACUACGCCAAAAGGAUGUCGCUUCUUCUUUGGCAAAGAGGUGAGCUAG